AUGUCCGCCCUUAUCAAGAUCGCCGCCAACUCCCCGUCCCACUCCAAGCCCUCGGAGUUGGAGACCAACAUUGCCCAGGCUCUGUACGAUCUCGAGACCUCCGUCACCGACCUCAAGGGUGCUCUCCGUCCUCUCCAGUUCCACUCCGCCAAGGAGCUCGAGGUUGGCCACGGAAAGAAGGCCAUCAUCAUCUUUGUGCCCGUCCCCUUGUUGAAGGGAUUCCACGACGUCCAGCAGAGACUCACCCGUGAGCUCGAGAAGAAGUUCUCCGACCGCCAUGUCCUCUUCAUUGCCCAGCGCCGUAUCCUCCCUCUCCCCUCGCGCCGUAGCCGUGUCACCCAGAAGCGCCCAAGGUCCCGCACCUUGACCGCUGUCCACGACGCCAUUCUCGCCGACCUCGUCUACCCCACCGAGAUCGUUGGCAAGCGCAUCCGCACCAAGGAGGAUGGCCACAAGAUCAUCAAGGUCUUCCUUGACGCCAAGGAGCGCGCUGGCGUCGACUACAAGGUCGACACCUUCGGCGAGGUCUACCGCAAACUCACUGGCAAGCACGUCACCUUUGAGUUCCCCGCCGUUGGCGAGUACUAG